UCUAUCUAAUUGAACUUUGAUUACGAUUGAAUUGACUUGGAUGAUGACUGAGAAAAAAAUUGACGCUUGAGGAAAUUGUUGUCAUUUCUAUUGGUUCGGUUGAUAUGUUGAGUGGAAAAUAUUAUUCGAAUCCAAGUUUGACUCUUAUUUCUGGAUAUUUGGGACUAGAAUCUGUCAAAUUUGAAUUGUUUACAGUUGAAAUUUUAAAUUUCAAAUUAAAAUAAGAAGUAAUAAUCAAUUGGUAUUUAAUUUUCUUUACUUUUUUUGUAUUGAAGGAACAAGUCAAAUAUGGACAAUCGGGAGCCAAUGAGAAUUUGUAACUUGUGUUUCUAUCAUGAGGAUAAAUCAUCUCGCAAUUUUUCUCGACAUGCAACCAAAAUUCAUGGUGGAAUCACAGAUUAUCGGAUAGAGUAUUUAGAUGAGGAUGAAUUACAAGAAUUGCGAGCAAAAUGGGCUCUUUUCAAGAUAAAUCGUUACAGAAAUGUGUCACCGAUUAACUCCUCAUCAACAACUACACCAUCUUCAUCCUCAUCUUCAUCAUCGGCAUCAUUUUCCAUUUCACCAUCUACAUCAGCAUCUAUAUUAUCCCAACAUUCACGCCAAUCACAACAUCAACAACACAAUCACCAAGACCACAUUCAUCAUCAAUUACUAUUACAACAGCAACAACUGAUACUACAACCUUCAUCAAUUCAUCAUGUAGACCCUAAAUCAUACAGGUAUCAACAACAAACCAUUGACAAUUUAUCACCUCACCAACUACAUCGGGCAUUGAAAAAGCAAAAUUCAAAAUAUAAUGUUGUCAACCUACUAUUGAAUUCAAGGGAAACAAAUGAAGCAUUUUUCUCUCAACUAAUCAACUCCUGAAUUGAACCAAUUCAAUCAAAAAAAGCCCAUCAAACACAUGAUGAGUUUAAAAAUACUAAGACAAUGUUAUUGUACAAUAAUAAUAUAAAAAAUCCAAUAAUAUUAAAGGAAAAAGAUUUUGAAUGAUCAUUUUAAA